UAGAGGCCUUGUUCAGCGCGGGAAGAAAGUGGUGGGCAGAGCACAAGCUGGAAGCUGAUCGGGUUGAUAUGGAGGAAGAUUCCUCAUCCGAUGACUCUGAAGGAUCCAGCACACAAGAUCCAAAGCCGACCAGCUUGGCCUCAAGUUCACAGCCCGCCUCCAGAAGAAAAGAAGGAGCUCGGAAAUCAGCGAGAGUCGUUGGGCAGCGUAAGAGUCCAUGGGGUACUGAAGCACGUAGUAGCCCUUCUGCCGGAUCUUCAGCAAUGGCGCAAGGUCAACCUAAGCUGCCCAUGCCUAAAAUCGACCUGAAAGCCCUCUUUGAUUAUCACUUCAGAAGGAAACAACCUAGGAAGCGGAUUCGCAGAAGCCCCGAGACAAGAGUGGCCGCUAAACGCAGGAAGCGUGAACCAAUUCCCAAGAGACAGCUGCCCAGAGUCUCAGAAAAGGAGCGAAGGAAAAGGUACCGGGAGCGGAGGCCCCUGUUUCCGUUUGUGCAGAAGGUCUAUGGAACGAAGCACAUUCCCAGCAGAAUGGAGUGUUUGUUUGAGCUUGCGUCUUUGACCUCGUUCUUUAAAUACGUUGAAAGGCUGAAAUAUGAGCACCACCUCAAGAAGUCUCUGGCAGAGCUGGGUGCCGCAGAGGAUCUAGAACAGGACGGUCUGGAGCAACGGAGGCACAAAUACUUGGAUGAUGACGGCCCUCUUUCUCCCAUCGAGGAGACAAAUGAAGAAGACCCGAAUGAAAAUUGUGGCACAGAAGACAUUGGUGCCAAGAUUGUGGAGAACAGCUGUUUCAUAUUAAGUAGCAAAAUUCCCAAGAAGAAGAAAUCCAAGAGGAGGACCAAAUCCUGAGUGUUGUGGAGUGAAUGUGGUAAUCUGAGGAGAUAAGCAGGGUCCAAUUUCAAUCCGUCAAUUUAUUAACAAAGUCGUCAGGUGGAGGGAAAAUCCAAUUUUAAAAAAAGUUGUCGCAUGAGAAUGUUAUGGAUGUUACACAAGUUCUGGAUUGUGCCGCCAGGUCGUAUGCAGGUCCUUGAGUCCACAGCUGCUGCUACUACGCCAGUUUUACUGAUGGCAUCACUCCCUAAACAGCACUGAAGCAGCAUUCUUCCCCAGGCUCAUGAGAAAAUUAAGCUGCGUCCUGAUCGGUCCUCUGUUACACAAAGACGGAAGAAUUCAGCUGUGGUUCUCAUGUCGGAUCUGGUGAAAUUUGGGUUGCGACCACUUCCUUUUUACUCUUAAGGCAAUCAGGGAGCAUGUUUGAUUCGACGCAGUGAAAUUAAAAACGGAAAGAUGCCUGCCGCCCAGUUUAGCCAGGACUGGGUUCCUGUUCAAUCACGUGUUCAUUUCACUCUUCAAACCUCGUCUGAUGGUACGGUUGGCAUGGGAAAGCCAGAAGAGCUUCUUUUGAACUCGGACCAUAUUUUGGGGGCCAAGGGCAUCCCUGGAGAUCCACAAAGUUGGCGUCAUUGUUCCCCAGUGCUUUCUGAGGGAGGAUUCUUUUCAGACUCAGUUGCCCAGCAUGCAUUAGGCAAGCCUACUUUCAUUUUGAACGGAGUUGGUAAUUGCACGCUCCCUCCAAAGAUGGGACUGUCUACCAGAGAAGCUCUACGCAUCGAAUGGAAUAAAGAAAGCGGCUUGAAAGACUGCGCAGCGUGGAGUGCUGUGGCCAGUGUUUUUAGGGGCCUUCCUUUCCAUGUGUACUUUGCCUCCUUCUGGGAAAAGACAGGUUGAGUUUGCUGGUGCGCAAGAUAUUCGUUCUUGAUUUCAAUUCGUUCGGAGGGGUUCUUCCAAGUUGGUCCAGGGAGAGGAGGGCUGCUGGGCGAGAUGGUUCCUUCACACAAAUGUUCUCGGAAGCCGUGGAUGAAGAAGGGGAGGAGAUAUUCAGAAGUUGGACAGCAACAGCACCUUAUGUGAAAUUGUGAUCUUGAUACUGGUGGCAGCUGACUCAACCCAAAAGAUGCUCUAGUGAAUUCAGUUUCUGCGGCUUCUUUUUUUUGGAAGGACAUUCGGUUCAAAUGGUGUGAAGUGAAGCCAAGAUGGAUAAGGGCCGGAUGCUUUUACAAGUCCUACCUGUGUACCCGAAAGUCAUCUCCAAAAGAAUCGGUGGAUAUGAUCACUGCUACAAAAUCUCCCAUGUUGUCUCAGGAGGCUCUUGUGGAACAAGUAGCAGACGAUGGCUCCAGGUUUCCAGCUUUCUGUGAAAACACUGCAAGAACUUGGAAUGGGCUCUGAGGACUCUGCAACGGUGCUGUCGUCUUUGCAUUCUGGACACCUGCAGCGUGAACACAUUUUGAGCACUUGACAUUGAGUGGACUGACAGGAUUUCCUAACAGCUUGUCUCUGUGAAGGCAGAGGUUCUCUGGGUUAGCAGAAAGGCCUGCCAAGGACUGUCUUCUCCCGUGUGUUCCUGCCUGGGAAUUAAGACCACAGGGAGAGGCCCUCAGUGAAGGUCCCGUCGCUCACAAGAGCUCUUCUGGUGGGAUUAUGAGGGUAUUUCCUGUUGCAACCUCCCAAUUAUCGCCGGCCCCUUCUCUUUUGACCUCUAGGGAGCAGUUGAGGAUCUUUUUAUGUAGGAUUUCAUUUCAAUAAAGCAAUCCUACACUGAUUCAAACUCUGGUUUUAUGUACUUGAUGUGGUCUAUGUAUUUCAUUUGCAUUGUAAAUGCAUCAAGCUCUGUAAAAAAAGGAAAGCUGCUAGUGAACGUUUAAAAUAAAUAUAGCACAGCCUACCGUA